CCGCGCUGCUUCACCCUCUCCCUUUUUUCCGCCUGUCCCCUGCCGGCCGCUGGAUCACGUGACUCUAUAAAGCGGGUUGCCGCCUCGGGUCGGGCACAGCUGAGUAGAGUGGAGCGAUGGCGGCGGCAGCGGCGGGGCCCCGGGGAGAGCAGGAGCUCCCGCCUCGCAAGGAGGGUACAAGUUCAGAUCAAAUCCUUCAGACAGGAACCAUUCUUCUCAAAAGCUUUAUUAGGGAUCGGGUACAGUGCUGUGGGGAUUCAGAACGCAUUGAGGUGACAGUGGCAGAGCUUGAAGACUCAGAGGCUCAGGCUUGUAAUCCCAACACCAAGCAACUAAGUGAGUGCCUGCGCCGGAUUGGAGAUGAACUGGAUGGAAACACAGAGCUACAGAGGAUGAUAGAACAAGUUCAGAUGUAUCCCCCCAAGGAAGUUUUCUUUCGAGUGGCUGCCGAGAUGUUCUCGGAUGGUGCUUUUAACUGGGGCCGUGUGGUGGCAUUGUUUUAUUUUGCGUGCAAGUUGGUCCUAAAGGUAGUGUGCACUAAAUUACCAGAGCUCCUAAGGACUGUCAUCAGCUGGACUAUGGAAUAUAUCCAGGAACAUGUCCUGGCUUGGAUCCAAGCCCAAGGGGGAUGGGAGGGCCUCCUCUCCUCUUUCAGCACCCCCACUUGGCAAACCAUUGCUGUCUUUGCUGCCGGGGUCUUGACUGCCUCACUGACCUUCUGGAAAAUGUCUUAAUCCUCAGCCACCUCCAGAAGGAGGACCUUUUCAUGACGAGAACAAGUGGAGGAGGGGCAGGUUCCCCUAAUUUCCUAACCAAGAAAGAAAAUGUGUUAGGAUUCCUUUUCGGGCCUGUGUUGAAGAGCUUUUUAAAACAAAUGCUGUUGCUCGUAUUUGGUGCCUUUUUUCAAAAAAAAGUGCACACUUUUUUGUUUUGACAAGUGUGUACUUCUUACUUUGCUUUCUCCAGUCGGCCUCUUGGGCUUAGAGGUCCGAAGACAUUAAGGUUCUCUAGUUUUGAAACAAUGGCGGGGAACAAGGUGAAGGAUGCCAUGGUUUGUUCUCUUUGCCAGCAGCUUGUGAGAACUGCUGAAUGUUUAUACUGUUUUUUUGGAAGACUAAUCCCAGCUCUUCUUCUGCCAACAAUCACAGCAGUGCGUUUGUCCAGCAUCCUCAGAUUAGAUGUUUUUUAAGGGAUCCAUGCAAACAAGUUUUGAUAUUUUAUGUUUUUCUUUCCUCGAACAGAAGCUGAAUUUUGGCAAUACCCUGAGAGAAAACCAGGUUCUCUCCUUACUAAACUUGACAUAUUAGAAUAGAUUACACUUCAGCUGGUGAAUCUACUUUUUUUUCAAGAUCACUGACCUAGUCACGAUCAAAGUGAAGGAAACAUUGAACAGAGUCUUUUGCAACACCUGAUAUGUACAGAACCUUUUGGGUUGACUUUUUAAAAAAAGAAUUGUAUUGCUGGAAAAUGAGAAUUUGGAAGCCACGCUCCUUUCUGCCAGAUCUGUGUUUCUCUAUAGAAACUCGUAGGGGCGCUAAAUAGAAACAUGUUCUAAUCUAAAUGGGUCUGUCUCCAGUCAAAAAAGGUGAGAAAAAUGCUUUAUAAAAGCAGCAGGUCUCCAAGUGGAACACAGAAGACAUUGCGAGAGAGUAAAUGGCUGGAAGAUUCCUUCUCUGCAUAAGGAAUUUUACUACUUCAUUCUGACCUGAUGGAAAAGAACUUUUCAUUUGCCUUGGAGAUCCGAGUCAAGAAAUGGAAAAGGGAGAACGCAAAGGGUUUCUGAUCUAUUUAUUCCACAAGAGAUUUGUUUCAUUACUUGCUUCUUCCCCAUUUCUGCAUUUUACCUCAGCCUUCCCCAACCUUGUGGCCUCCAGAAGUUUUCCAAAUAACAUGCUGGCUGGGAAUUCUGGAAGUUGCAGUUUCAAUCCAUUUGGAGGGGGCCAAGUUGAGGAAACCUGUUGAGUUGAAUUACCCUUGGGGUUUCUUAGUCGUUAGACUCAGCCAAAUAAAAAAAACUCCAGGAAAUCCAGCACCACACUCUCUUCUACCAUGUCCUAGUACAUUAUAUCUCAUAGUUGUGAUAACGGUUAGGACAUUUGGAUGCAUGUCACUAUUGUGGGUUUUUGCUUUUGUUUUUUUGGCUACGUUACUUCUUCCUUGUGUUCACGUGUGCAAUGGUAAGCAUUGUGACUGCAGAUCUGGCUAGGUGCAAAACAUGGAGCAUCUGCAUAUAUGCCCCCAAAGUAUGCCCACAUGUUAACACCCACCUUGGAUUAUGGACUUCCCAUUGGUAUUUAUUGGUGCGCAAGAAGUAUUUCUCAUUCAAAGAUCAGGAUUGGGGACCUGUGAUCCUCUAGAUGUUGCUGAUUCAAAAAUCCCAACUGCCUCAGCUGGCAUGGCCAUGGUGGGUGAUGCUGGGAAUAGUAAUUCAGCAGCCUCUGGUAGGAAGGCUACAGAUUCCCACCCCUGCUUUGAACCCUCCCCAAAGUACUUACAUUCACUUUUCCAUUAUCUUCCAGUGGAUCAACUUAUAAUCAAAAUGCAUCUUUACACUUCUGUACAGCAUUUCCCUUGGAAUUCCAGGCGAAUUUGUCCAAGAUAUAUAGACCUAGUUGGGGGUGGGCCAAGUAACAUAUUGUUGAACUAUUUGACCAAGAGCUCGGGUACUAAAAUUGUUGUGGUAUAUCAAGCGAAGCAAAGAGAGGCAGAGAAUCAGCAAUCUGAUUCUGUAAGAUACAAUAGAUGACCUUUUGGCCAUCAGUUUUUCCUGUUGCUGUCACGAUAUCUUUAUCUGUUGUUUUAACUGGCAGGAAUGGAAGAUGGCAUAUGCAGGACUGGCACCCUCUAUUGGGUUAGACUUUUGGCUGCUUUCACAUAGCUUAGUACUAACCAUGUUUGUAUGGUAACUGAGCAAGAAAUCUCUGUUGGUAAGGGAGCGUGUGUGCCAGUUUGUACCCCCUAAAGCAGUUCACUGUGUUGUUCACCCGCUACAUGGUUGCCAUGUAGGAUCCUUUUCACCUGGGGCUGCACCUUUAGAUGGCAACAUGCCAAGUGAAAAAUACCAAGAUGCAGCUAUUGAGAAUUCAGAUGAUCCCAUCAAUCAGAAAUUCCAGUUAACAAAAGCUGCACAUGUGGGGUUUAAAUUGGCACCCUUGCCACUGGAGGCUUCCUUCUCAGCAUGUUUGGUGAACAUGGCCGAUCUAAGGCAUCAUUGGAUUAUGCUGGGGCUGCCAAAUCUGACAGAGGGUUGAUAGGUAGCAACCAUCAAGUAGAGGUUGGGGAAUUCUUUCAUAUUGUUCUUAGUUGCAAAGAAAUGGUUGUGGCCAAGCAAAUGGCAGGAGAUUUUCAAGGAUAUGGAAAAAUGGUAGUUGUCCAGUUGUAGAAACCUGCUUUUUCUGUGUCCUCUUGCUAAUUCUUAGUGUGGUAUCCCUGUUAGACUUCCUGAUACAGUUGUACAUUCUUCUGUCUGCUGUUGUGCUCAGUUUAUAUUUUGGUAGCACAUCAAGCUAGGCGAACAUCUGGGGUCCUCUUUAAUUAUCCUUCGUAGAUUUAGCCUGCUAAUGACCCUUCUAUUCAUCCAGGCACAUUGGUUCAGCUGGAUAUUACAAGUCUGUGGCUGGAGAAAUGAGAUGGGAGUUAAGAUUUUGAGUGCAGUGGAGAUGAGAGAUGGGUCAGUAUGAACUAACUGUACUUGAAUAAUUAUAUUGGGGAGGGAUUUUGUUACCUCAGGGGGUUGGGUUAGGGAGGGAGUGAAUUGCCAUUAAGGGUUGGGCUUAGGUAGACUGGGCAAAUUCCAUUUUUCUCAGUGGGUCCAGAAACAGAACAAUACAUAAUGACGUGGGUUUGUGAAUGCUGGAGCUUCUGUUGUCAUUCUUUAAGGUAUUUUGGGGUGCUGUGGAUUUUCAUGAUAUAAUAAUUUUGGAAUUGUGAAGUAAAAGAGUCCAGGAGUGUGAAUUUGCUGGACUAGGGGUGGGUUG